UGCUCAUUUGAAUCAUGAAUCGGAUUGGUAAGCUGGCAAACUGAGGCUUAUCAUAAAUGUUGACUGAGUGAACAAGAUAUUCAGCAUUAGCAAUAGGUAUGGCAUCUCCUUCAGUGUUCGAAGAUGAGCAGUGUGAUGUGAAGCCAGACAUCAACGUACUGAAGCGAAUUAUGGAUAGCAGCAAUGGUCCUGACGCUUCAUCUCCUUCAUACUCAGGAGAGGGCGCACCAGAUGUGAAACCUGAUGUUAAAAUGCCGAGGAUAGAAGUGGAGUCACAUGAUGCAUCUAUAGAUUCCUCGUCUGCGAGUAGGGAAGAUGCUGUCGGUGAUGCCGUUGAUGAUGUCAUCGACCCUCGCCUGUGCGUGUCUACUGAAAUGAAACAGGAAAGGGAUGAGGAAGAUAGGACUGCCUCAUCAGCAGCCGACACUGGAUCCCGUAACGCCAAAUCUACCCGGACCAGAUCUACGAAACGGAAGACCAUCUCAAGUGGCUUCAACCUCCAACCUCCAACUUCACCCUCCAACAAGACCUCCAACAGCGACAGCGCUUCGCCAAACAACACCAGUUGUACGCAACAUGACUGCUUUGAGUGCGGUAAAUCCUUUCCCACCACCUCUUUACUAUCAUCCCAUCUAAAAUCGCACUCAUCCGAUCGACCUUACGCGUGUCUGGAUUGUGGAGGUAGUUUUAAACGCAGGUCCAAUCUGAUUCGCCACCGUCGGACACACACUGGCGAACGGCCUCACGUUUGCACCGACUGUGGAGCCACUUUUACAGAAAUAGGAAAGCUUGCGAUCCAUAGAAGGCUGCAUACUGGGGAGACUCCGUACGAAUGUGAGACAUGUGGUGAGGCGUUUAGACGGAAAGAGAUGUUGGUUAAACACAUGAACAGUCAUGAGAACCUGGAGGUGUUCCCGUGCACACAGUGUGAUAAGGUGUAUAACAACAAGCAGUUGUUCAUUAAUCACAGCGCUUACUUUCACGGAAUUAAUCGUGAUGUUGAGAAUGACGACACGCAUGAUGACAAAACGGACGAGGCUGCGGCGAGUCCUCACAACUCAGCGGCAACCCGCAGAAACUCCAACUUCGUGGUGGAAAAACCGCACGAAUGUGAAAUAUGCGGAAUGGCCUUCUAUCAGCGUAGUAGACUUGCCGGGCAUCUUAAACAUCACACGGAUGAGAAGCCAUUUCAGUGCGAGAUAUGCAGUGUUAGCUUUCGGAGGAGGUGUGAUUACAGUCUCCACAAGGCUACUCAUAGCUUGCAUGAUAGGUUUACCUGUGAAGAUUGUGGCAAGACGUUUGCGAAGCGGGCGCUUUUUCUGAGACAUUGCACGAUACAUAAUUUAUUUCAUACGGAACCCUCUGCGGGAGGUACCAGUGUAAACUGAUGCAGGUGGUGUAAAUGUAGGAUGUCCUCAGUUCUCUUCAUCGGUCCUCACAUGGCAGAGUGAGAACUCUGUGUGCGCGCGCGUGUGUAUGUGUGUGUGUGUGUGUGUGUGUGCGUGCGUGUUGUGACUGGUGUUAGCGUGUGUGUGUCGAUAAUCUAGUCGAUACGCAUAAUCUAGUCGAUACGCAGGUGGUGGGAAUGAAAACUGAUGUCCUCGGUUGUCGUCUUUGGUCCUCACAUUGGUAAGUCAGAACUAUGCAAUCUGCAUGCCUGUGUGUGUGUGUGGGGGGGGGGGGUGUUUGUGUCGGCAGGAAUCUUCCAAAAGGGUUCAUAUUUAAAGGGCUGUGUGUCAUGAUGUGAUUGUAUCUCUAUCUGGAUAUUUGUUUGUGUGUCACUAUGAAACGUCCACAGCACAAUACCAAUGGAAAUACAUACUUAUACGAUG